AUUGAAUUCAACGAUCUCUAAUAAAUAUGUAACUGCGGACAUCCUUUAGAAAAUGACUCAACAGGUGGUAAAGUCGUUCACCGUUUGACAACGUUUAGGUGUGCUAAGAGGCGAGCCUCGGGUCUGUCCCUUUCAUGGACUCCCCAUGCAGCUUCGAACGCCUUGCGAUUGUGUUUCUAAAAACCAAACGCAGAAACGCUUUGAUUUUAAACAUUGUGCUUAAUUCUGCUGGCUACAACAUCAUGAAGAGAAUACAUACACAUCAUACGCAUGCCUCCGAAAUGUACACCACACCAUGUAUAUAAUGUUUUCUAACUAAUAAUACUAAUAAUACUAGUAUAAUAAUAAACAAACCAAAGACCGAACACAGUUAAAGUCAGAUAUUUGCUUAGUAGGCUUAUUGCUAGGUUUGCAAACGUUUGACUAAUGAAAUAGGGCUACUGCCGUUGUCGUCCUACCGAAACCUUACACCGAAGUGUGUCAGAGAGGAGGGGGGAGUGGUCCUGCCAGCAGCAAAAUAUAAGAGUAGAUCCACAACAGCUGACAGUCGCAGCCUCGCGGUGGAACUGCUGGGAACAAAUCACUCGGGAUCAUAACUUGGGUGAGAGUGGAGGGAAGCGCUUGGACGCGACGUUUACGCGCUCCGAUCAAGCGCAUUGUUUGGCUUGGCACUGUUCUCUCGGACUUGAUCAGAUUGAGACCAAUACGCAUGGAGAGCGACAUGAUUUUUGCGGACGGAUUUCAGUGAAAAGCUACUGCCGCCGGCGGAGAAGGAGCCGAGUCACACAUAUUGCUCAUCCAUUUCUAAGAAGAACCAUUGUCCCGGGCAGCUGUUCCUCCGAUGUGGGGAUUGGUUCUGGUCGUCUCGCCAGGCUGAAAUCUUCCCGGGUCAGGACAUCCGUCAUGGCAGCCUUCCUCUUUGGGCUGCUGCUCUUCGCCAUGCAGUCUCCCCCCAUCCCCUCCGCGCCCGCACACUCCUCCUCCUCCUCCUCCGCCUCGUCCCUCCUUCCUCCUCCGAGCGCCGACGGCGCCGCCCGCCCCAACGGGACGGCCCAGCGGCUGCCCGACAUCGUGAUCAUCGGCGUGCGCAAGGGCGGCACGCGGGCCCUCAUCGAGAUGCUGAGCCUGCACGGCGACGUGGCGGCGGCGGAGAACGAGGUGCACUUCUUCGACUGGGAGAGCCACUUCCAGAAGGGCCUGCCCUGGUACCUCAGCCAGAUGCCCUACGCGCUGCCGGGGCAGCUCACGGUGGAGAAGACCCCCGCCUACUUCACCUCCAGCAAGGUCCCCCGGCGGCUCCAGCAGGUGAACCCCGGGGCGAAGCUGCUGCUGAUCCUAAGGGACCCCACGGAGCGCGUGCUGUCGGACUACACGCAGGUCUACCACAACCGCCUGCUGAAGCACAAGCAGCACCAGCCCAUCGAAGAGGUGCUUGUUCUGAAGGACGGCGCGGUGAACCUGGGCUACAAGGCGCUGAACCGCAGCCUGUACUACGUGCACAUGCAGAACUGGCUGCGCUACUUCCCGCUGGACAGCAUCCACGUCGUGGACGGGGACGCGCUGAUACGGGACCCCUUCCCCGAGGUGAAGCGGGUGGAGAGGUUCCUACGGCUGGAGCCGCAGAUUAACGUGGCCAACUUUUACUUCAACCGGACCAAGGGCUUCUACUGCCUGAGGGACCACGGCCGCGAGCGCUGCCUGCACGACUCCAAGGGCCGGGCCCACCCGCGGGUGGCCCCCGACAUCCUUCACAAACUCUACCGCUUCUUCCAUGAGCCCAACAGGAUGUUCUUUGAGCUGGUGGGACGCACCUUCGACUGGAACUGACCUGUUUUUCUACGUCUCGUGGUCGUCGCGGUUGUGCCCGCUACGCUAGCCUUGAAGCGUCCAAGCCUUCUGGCUUUUUGAGGAUUUUUCAAUAACAAUUGGGAUUUUAGCACUAAUAAAACUAAAGUCGAAGCGGCAAGGUGAACUGUACAAAUGAAUUCCAGCUAAGUCUAUAUUUCUACGAGACAAACCUGUUCCAUUGUUUGGACUGAUCCAAGUGAUAAGGGUUAGUAAGCAGGAUAUGACAUGCUAAUGUCGUUCGCAAUCGCAUUAGUCACCUCACAUCGAAUGCUUUGUUGACCGUGUGUGUGGGGGCUAUUGUGUUUACGACCAUGUUUGGAACCUGUUCAGUGGUUUAAUUUAUGAAUGUUGACCUAUCGUUCAUAACCACGUUUUUUCUGUUUGUUUGGGCGUCCCAUGCAGGUUGCUGCUGUGUGAUUAGUAUGGAUUACUUCUUCCAUCCGUCUCUUUAAUGUUAUAUGCUGAAGAUACGUCUAUUGCUGCUACAUGUCAUUUUAGACCCAUACUGGACCAUAUAUGUAAUCUAUGUUAUGAUAAUAUAUAGGUUCUACUCUUUACUCUUAAUGUCAAUGACAAAGACUAAUCAUGUCUGCGCUGUGAAUAUCCAUGCAAACAUAAUGUAUUAUUCCUCAUUACAAUGUACUGUAAAUAUAAUAUUUUUUUCUAAAAGUGAAGGAUUAACAACAUAAUAAAUCUUUAUUUUGUUUUUUU